AUGGCCCGCACCGACCAUCAUCCCACCUUUCAAACGCCCACCUUCGACCCUGUUCCUGCUGGCACUGCCGGUGAAACCUCAACGGCUCAGGAUGCUCAUGGAGACUGGGAAAAGGCAUCAACUGUUCACCCAGAAGAUGAAGCCCAGCACCCAGUAGGCAACUUCCAACAUGACAAAUCGGGUGAAGCCGCGAAACAGGACCCAGAUACGGAGCCAGAGACUUUUGACAAAAUCGAAAUCACCGAGGCCGAUUGUGAACAAGACCUUGGAUUUGCCUAUCCCGAGUGGAAGAAAUGGACCGUUCUCACCGUCAUCUUCAUGGUUCAAUUGUCCAUGAACUUCAACACCAGCUUGUAUUCAAAUGGCCUGAAGGGCAUUUCUGAGGAUUUUGGUGUUAGCAUGCAAGCUGCAAGAUGCGGUGCCAUGAUUUUCCUGGUUCUGUACGCCUUUGGCUGCGAGCUCUGGGCUCCCUGGAGUGAAGAAUUGGGUCGAUGGCCCAUCCUUCAGCUAUCAUUGACUCUUGUCAAUAUUUGGCAGCUCCCUGUCGCCUUAGCUCCCAACUUUGCAACAGUCAUGGUCGGCAGAGCCCUAGGUGGUCUCAGUUCUGCUGGAGGCUCCGUCACUCUAGGCAUGAUCGCUGAUAUGUGGGAUGCUGAUACUCAGCAAUACGCUGUUGCCUACGUCGUCUUCUCCUCCGUCUUUGGUAGUGUUCUUGGGCCCAUUGUUGGUGGAUUUGUCGAACAAUUCGUCGCCCCGAGCAGGGAUCCAUCUGAUUAUGGCUCAACAUGGAGGUGGACGAUUUGGAUACAGCUGAUCUUCGGGGUCGCUGUUCAGGCUAUGCAUUUCUUCCUUGUUCCAGAAACGCGUUCUACGAUAAUCAUGGAUAAAGUCGCAAAAAGACGGCGCAAGGCGACCGGCGAAAACAUUUGGGGUCCCAAUGAACUCGAACCAUUUGGCGAUCGAUUCAAUAUGCGUGAAGUUCUGAUCACCUGGAUACGUCCAUUCAAGAUGUUUCUCACUGAGCCCAUCGUCUUGACAUUGUCGCUCCUCAGUGGAUUCAGUGACGCGUUGAUCUUCAUGUUCAUUCAAUCUUUUGCCCUAGUCUAUGAACAAUGGGAUUUCCAGGUCUACCAAGUCGGCCUUGCUUUCAUCCCCUUGGGAAUUGGAUAUGUCAUCGCCUGGCUGCUCUUCAUCCCUGCCAUUCGACGAAACAUCAAGGAGAGACGAGAAAAGCCUGGCGACGAGAAAGCGCAAUAUGAAUCCCGAUUGUGGUUCCUACUAUACACGGCGCCCUGCCUACCAAUUGGUCUCAUUGGCUUUGCAUGGACCAUUCAGGGGCCACCUAUUCACUGGAUCGGCUCCAUGGUCUUUGCCACACUCGUCGGAAUCGCAAACUAUUCCAUCUACAUGGCGACCAUCGACUACAUGAUCUGCGCCUAUGGACCGUACUCGGCCUCUGCAACUGGUGGCAAUGGAUGGUCUCGAGAUUUCCUUGCCGGUGUCCUAACCAUCCCAGCUACACCCUUCUUUACAAACAUCGGCGGCCGCCGUCACCUCAACUACGCCGCGACAAUCCUAGCAUGCAUCUCCUUUAUCCUCGUCGUCGCCGUCUACGUCAUCUACUGGUACGGCCCAGUACUGCGCAAGCGCUCUCCAUUCGCCCAGCACCUGGCCAACGCAGCGACAGACAACGACAACCGUCGCCCUUCGUAUUUGCGAUCUGCUUCCGGCACCUCUAGUGCGCGGAGAUUGUCUCGUGCCAAUACGAAUGCUUCGAGAGAGGCCAACUCGCGCAGACAGAGCCAGGCCGAGUUCGUGCGCAGGCAGAGUCAGCCGAGAGUUGGGUCGGGCAUGGUCAGAUAG